CUUAUUUCUUACAAGCUACUGAUUAUUUUCUUUACUAUGGCUCUACCUAUUGCUGAUCUUAAAGAGCAUCCUGCAUGGAUAUAUAACCCUUCUACUGAUCUUCAAGAGUAUCCUGAUUGGAUACAUGACCCUGAAUUACGGACGCCACGCUUCGAUGGAGACCCUCGAUGUCGUCGCAGCAUUUUCAUCCGCUUAGAGCAGGCGUUAACGCACGGCGGCCAUAGACCCCACCAAUGAGGGUUCGCCAUCAUACGUACUGCUUAUGGCCCAGAAUCAGAUGAACAGUUCCAGCACUCCUUGACUCUUAUUGGCCGUAUAGCUCAAGUAUGGUCUGACGAUGAGAUUGCUGGCUGUAAGACGCUGCUGGCAUAUCUGAAGGAGAAUAACAUAGAGCGGCUUGGCCGUGUCUCUAUGGAAGUCGACACACGACCAAAUCACGAAUUUACACGCCGCUACCAGAAUGAUAUUUUGCAAGAUAAACAGCAGCUUGAUGGCGCUUCAGUAGCUACAGUGCGUAGGUAUUUUAAUGACUGGAUUGCAUCCAACAAUGGCACGUCAGUCGCUGGCGAUGUACGCUUUACUACAUGUAACAUGCUGGACGCCGAGGCCCUGCUUCAACUUGUCGAGGCGCCUCAAGACCUCGGGCUUGACUCUAAUUCGAGCGAAUUCUUCAGGUCGCAGUAUUGGGUGAAGAUGGUGGACGCAAAAUCUGGAUAUGAAGAGGCCUUUCGUGCUCUUCUCUAUGCUGGGGAUGGUCUCGCAGAAUAUUGGUUUCACAGAAAUAGAUCGCGAUGAUUGGUUGUCCACAGAAAGAACAGCGAGAACCCGGGAGUUCUGUAUUAUGGCUUUGCACCGUGUGAGUUGACUCCCCAUGAGCAAGCAAUGCAAGAUGCGUUCAAGGCACAUAUGAAGCAGGGGACGGGUAUUAGAGGCGAUCAAAAAAAGAACUGAUCUACAGUUGAGAAGAUUCGCGAUUCGUAUGUAGUCAUCAUGGACCAAGAUAGAGAAAAAGGACCUAACGUGUAGCUAGACUAUCAUGUUGUGUCCGACCAGUCAUCUAUAGGAAGUUAUCAGAAGAAAGAAA